AUGCAAAAACAGUAAACUCUCGCCGUUGUUCGUGUCCCCUCUGGGAUUACCAAAUAGCCAUUUAAAUCGACAGCCAUCACUAACUAAGCCCCUCUCCAAAGAGUCAACUCGGCAGGAUUCAUGAGUGCAAGCAGAUAGUCUUAUCAAUAGCAGAAACCUCCCACCCCAUUCUACUAGACUCACAAUUACAGGCAGGAUUGGAAAAAUUAUUUGCGCUCAUUCCCUCGAGUACCCAGAAUCAAGGUUUUGGCUCCAGGCACUGGUUAUGAUGCAAAAAUGAUUAAAUGA